UUUCCUUCAAGAACAUGGUUAGCUAUACAUUCUCCAAUUAACUAUACACCCUCUCCUACCGGAAUCCUCGAUCGAUCUCGUCUUGCAUUCGUGCUUGGCUGGCUGUGUCAUGGAGGCAGUGGGCACGAUCGUGAAGGUGGUGCAGGAGAUCGUGAAGGCGGCGGAGACGGCCCGCCAGAACAGGAAACGGUGCCUGGACCUCGGCGACCGCGCGCGCACCGUCGGCGACAUCCUCCGGGAGGACCGCGGCUCCACCACCAGCAGGAUCGCCGGCGGCGUUAGCAGGGCCGCGCUGGAGAGGCUAAAGGCCGCCCUAGACGACGCGCUUGAGCUCGUCGAGUCCCAGCGCCGCUCUGGUGGCUUGGGGAUCCCCAAGCUGAUCACCAGCGGCAGGACGGCCGCGAGGUUCCAGGACGUCGAGACCAGGAUCACCGCCUGCAUCGUGGAUCUCGGCCUCGCGGAGCAGAUAGCAGCUGGCCGUCGUGACCACCGCGCCAAGGAAGAAGCCGCGCCGGUGCACGAACCGCCGCCGCCGCAGCAGCAGCAUCAGGGUAAGGAUGGGCCGUCCUUGCCACAGGGCUACCAAGCCCAAGCGCAGUCCGCGCCACCUCCGGUGAGCUUCUAUGACCAGUACCUGCAGCAGGCGCAGCAGUCCUUGCUGCAGGCCUACCUACCGCAGUCCGCGCCACCGCCGCCGCCGGCGCAGCAGGGCAAUGAUGUUCUGCAGGCCUACCUAUCGCAGUCGGCGCAGCGGGGUAAGGACGCGCAGGACUUCCUGCAGGACUACCAUGCGCAGUCGGCGCAGCGUGGCAAGGAGGCGCAGGCCUUCCUGCAGGAGUACCAUGCGCAGUCAGCGCAGCGCGGCAAGGAGGCGCAGGCCUUCCUGCAGGUGUACCAUGCGCAGCGCGAGCAGCUGGGUAAGGAGGCGCAGGCCUCCCUGCAGGAGUACCAUGCGCAGUCGGCGCAGCGGGGCAAGGACGCGCAGGCCAUGCUGCAGGGCUACCUUGCGCAGUCGGCGUCGUCGCAGCAGCAGGGUCAGGAUGUGCAGUCCUUGCUCAAGGGCUAUGGCUACUUCGCGAUGUGAUCAAAUCAACCUAGCUGCCGAUACAAGGCGGUACGUCGUGGCGGCGAUCGAUCUCACCGGCACCGAGGCGAGCUGGCAUGGAUCGGAGGUACGGGUGAUCAUGGUUUCCUGCAACAAAUAAUUUCCCAACAAAACAUCCUAUUGUCUGCUGACUCUGGUCUUGGCUGAUUAUGGUGUUAAGCUGGAUGCCAUGUUUUCUUUUUUCCAUUUUAACGGAAAUGUGCAUGUGAUUGUUGAAUGGUAUAACUGGAUUAUCCUUUUUCGGACAUUUGCACUGCACGAAGCUUAUCGUGGUACUCCCUUCAUCCCAAAAUGUAAAGCGUCUAAGGAUUAAUCAAAAGUUAAUGUUUUUUUAAGUUUGACCAAGUUUAUACACAAAAAUAAUCAUUUACAG